AUGUACAGGUUGAGAAAUUUAUUUUUAAACCGGUCACAAAACAAAUAUGUAUUAGGAGGUUUUUUUAUUUUUCGAGUUUCUGAAGUUACUCCUGAUAAUAUAGAUGAUUUUACAAAAGUUUUUGGUUAUGAUUUAGAAAACAAUUGGGAACGAGUUCGUUGUAUUUUCAAAGCCAGAUCUACACAAGAAUAUUUAAAUACUAAAGACGGCUUAAAAUAUCUUGAUGCAAGAGAAGCCAAUUUGAAAUUAAUUAGACACUCUUUCGUUGGAUAUUUAAAAGGGGCAUGGAAGAUUGCUCCCCUUUUUGGUCUAUUUUGUUUCACAUUUACUUUGAUUACAUCAUGUAUUGAAGUUUACAGAAACAAAAAUGGACUUUUAGACAGCAUUAUAGGAGGAAGUUUAACAGGUGCAAUAUUUAGACUAAAUUAUGGUUUUAGAGGAAUGAUAAGUGGUGGUGUUAUUGGUAAUGUUUUGGGAAUGCUUUAUGGAACACUACAAUCAGUAAUGAUGCAGCAAUAUGGAAAAGAUAAAAUGCAAUUUAAAUAUGAAAAUUUUAAAGAAUCUGUAAAAAGGUAA